AGGAGGUGGCGGGAAUAGAACAGGAAAAGCUAAUUUGUUGACGGUAUCGUAGUAAAAGAGAAGAGAGAGAGAGAGGAAAGUAAAAAGCAAAGCUGAAAAGUGUGGUUGCAGUAGCAGUCGGGGUAGUUGAGUAUACUGCGAUCUCCUGUUUGGUUAGAGAUAAAUAACAGAGAGAGAGAAAAAGUGGGAGAGAAAGACAGAGUUUUUUCCAUCCAGGUCUUCCAAGUGACAUGGUGGCGGUUGCAAGACAAACCAGAGUAAUUGUGACGACGACGGCCAAGCAGGCAAAACAGUGAGAGGGAGGAUAGUAGUUGUGACUAUUUACAAUAUAUAUAUAUAUGUAUAUAUAUGUGUGUGUAUAUAUAUAACAACAACAAUAUAUAUAUUCGUAUAUAUUAUAUAUAACAAUAACAAUAAGCGAUUGCACGACUAAACUAUACACGGCUUAUAAUACUACAUUUUCCCCUCUAACGACUUAUUACACACUUUUGGUGUAAGCAUGCAACUGUAAGCGGAUCAUAUAAGCUUUGUAUGUUUUCCUUCUUUUUUAAAGGAUUAUUUUCUUUACUGGAGCUGUUUGGGGACCUGUGUCACGGCAGUGAGGGAUACCACCACCAUCACCAGCAACAUUAGCACCAAUACCACAAUUUGGGGGUACCACUAUUACCACCAACACUUCACAACAACAUCUAACUAAACAACAUUGCUGAAAAGCAAACGUUAUCAUCAAAGAAAUCAAUAUAUAUACAUAUAUACAUACAUACAUUCACACACAGACGUAUAUAUAAAUAAUGCUAAAGGUGUAUAUUGCAUUCUAUAUUUAAGUGUUGCAUGUAAAUUAUAUAUCUAUAGCUACAUAUAGUAUACACAUCCACACAUACUAUACGUACGUGCACAGACACACCGUUCAGCAAGUACCGGCAACAGAUAACUAGAUAGAUCGCUUGUUUUAAAAGAAAAAAAAAUCCUUGCAAGGAUUCAAAAGGAAAAAAAUAAUUGCGUUAACAACAACAACAACAGUAAUAAUAGUCGUAGUAGUAGUGGUGAUGUUGUAGCUUUAUAUUGGUGUCAUCUGUGGAGAAAAAAAAAGAAAAAGAAAAACGUCAACGAUUUGCAUUUGUAUUUAUUGAACUGGAACCGAUAGUAUUACAAGCAUAUGUGUUCUGCGUGAAAAGAAAGAAAAAAGCUGAGAGAUCAAAAACAAGCUUUCAGUGUGUCUGAAAUUAUUAUUAUUAUUAUUAUUAUUGAAUGAGAGAGCAGUGCAUGCCAUCUGAGUUCUUUUAAAAUAAUAAUAAUAAUUAUAGUUUAGAAAGAGGUUUGUGUGUUACAGAAGGAAGGAAGGAACCAGUUGAAUCGAGGGACGAAUCCUAACAAAGACGGAGAAAGCCGAACAUUGCUUUUAUUUUAUUUCUUACUCAGCUUUUUGAAUCUUUUUUUUUCAAAACCCAAAUUUCAAGGAUGUGAAUGGAGGAAAUUUAAUAAUAUAAUGAUCCAAACAUAAAUUCUAUCAACAGUAGAAAAAAAUACUUAAUAAUUUUUGCAUCGAAAGAAACAAUUGAAAGUAAGCAGACGACAAUAAUUUUGUCUGGGGAUGGCGACACUAUGAGGGUAUCGUUCAGGAAAGUUGUUUACUCUAUUCUUGGUGCUUACUUCCUACUUACGUGUUACACGGGAUAUUUACUUGUGAGGAGGAGACUGGCACGAAGUCGAGAAGAUUACGCCAGGGUUCAACAGUUGGCAGAUAUUUUACGUGAUGAUCCUGAAUGGAACCCAUGGGGGGAAGAAUUUGAAAAUGGGGAAGAAGCACGAUAUGAAGCCCCCCAAUGGAAAGUAGAAAACCCAGUUGUGAAAAGUAAUAAAACAAAUAACAAUUCUCAGGAAUUUGUUGUAGAAAUCUGGGGCAAAGCUGCUAUAGGAUUAUACUUAUGGGAACAUAUUUUGAAUGGACAUCUCGAACGUAAGCUUGGUGGUAUGUGGAGCUAUGGUAUGAAGAAAAUCAACAAUAUUCGAUUCAAAUUCCGAACUGGUCCAGGAGUGAUUCCAAGUAAAGUCCCAAAAAGUACUGAAAAUGUGAUACUUGUCUUAAAUGGACGUGAACCCUCCAAAAUAGAUUUUGCCAAGUUAUGGCUUGAUUUCCUUCCAACGUUAACAAAUUUAAAAAAUGUGGCUGUGAUUUUAUUGGGCAAUGAACAAUGUAAUAAUGAAUGGAUUAAAUCUUACAUGCAGCUCCGUGGUGGACCUGUUAAGUUUGUCUUCUUGGUCUAUGACAGUCCAGAUAUUGAUGAUCAAAAUUUCUAUCAGUGGCCUUUAGGAGUUGCAACGUAUCGUGAUUUUCCAAAGGUUGACAGUGCUCAUCUUCCAGUUGAAACACACCGCAAAUACUUAUGUAACUUUCUAGGCACAAUUUAUCCAAAUUCCUCAAGAGAAACAUUAAUUGAAACUUUAAAGUCCAGCCAACAUGGAAAACAAUGUUAUUACAGAGUCCGUCAUGAGUGGAGCCCUAAGGAAACUGAAGAUUCUCGUGACGAUUACCUGCGGUCUCUAGCCCAAAGUGAUUUGACACUUAGUCCUGUUGGAGUAAAUACUGAGUGCUACAGAAUAUAUGAAGCAUUAUCUUAUGGAUCUCUUCCAGUUGUCGAAGAUGUAAUGACCUCUGGAAACUGCGGCCAUUCAGUUUCGUCCAAAAAUAUUCCUCUACGGCUGCUAAAAGAAAGCAAAGCACCUUUUAUCUAUGUUAAACACUGGAGUGAGUUGCCUGCUCUUUUAGAAAAAGAGGCAGCAAUGAGCCAAGUACAGAAAGCAAAUCGUCGAAGGCAUUUCAUUCAAUGGUAUGAAGAUUUUAAAUCAAAAAUGAGAGAUGUUUUAGUUCGGACGUUACAAGAAAAAUUUUUUUAUAAUAAAAUAAAUAAAAUUCAAUAAUAUAUAUACACCUGUUU